AUUAGGAAUCCUGUAGAUCAUCCAUACCUCAGAAACUACCUUCCAGUUUCCAUAGAAACUUUUUUUUUUUUUCCCUUUACUUUCAUUUGGAUUAAGGAUUCGGUGCUAAAAUGUUGAUCGUUUCUUCUUGCAAAUUUCGCUAAAAUACGUUUUGAUUUACUCCGCGUUGUAACAUGAAAAUGAAAAUUUGAUAAAAACCAAACAAAAGAAAAACAAAAACACGGCAUUACAGAUCUAAUUUGAACGCAUUAUUAUCAGGCUUAUUUGUCUGCGGCUCAGAAAGUUCAAUUGUAGGCACCAUAAUAAACGGGGCAUUGCCGAUUCGACCCAUGUUCUGAACUGUUCUGAAUCACUGUUUUGUGUUUUAGGAUAAAAUGGAAUUUUUCUAUGAGCAACUUAUUCGGGUCACGGCAUCCAUCAUCGUCAAGUAAUUUCUUUGUUGCUUGCACGCGCAAAUACCUACGCGGCCACCAUUUUUACGCGAUUCUUCACGUCUAAUUCAUAAUUCUGAUAUUAUACUUCCAUUGUUUUGUCAGCUCAUGACAUUUAUAAAUAUCCCACCAUUCUAAUCAUUCCUUUCUUCAUAAAGAUUCUCAUCAAAUUUUAGUAUUUUACUCAAAUUAGGAUGGAGAUACCAUCUACUACCAUCAUAUCUUGCCCAAAACUUCCUUCUAAGCGAUCCUUAAUGUUUGCAAAUCCCCCCAGCUUCCUCAGACAAGGGGCUUCGACAAGAAAAUAUGUCGUCAAGGCAAAAAAAGAUGAUCAUGAUCAACACGGAGGGAAGAUUGUAGAUGACAACAUGAUCAUCCUUCGAAUGCGCAUCAAGGAAAUGAAGAUGAUGGAAUCGGAUUCUAGCAAUGAUCAUCAUCAGCCCCCUUUGGAUUGGAUGGAAUGGGAAAAGAAAUACUUCACCACAUAUUACAAUGAGGAUAUUGUAGAGGGGAUUGGAUUGUUGCAAAGUUAUUUGAUGAACACCAGGCCAAGUUUGGCUUUAGGAAUGCUGGCCCUUCUUGCUUUGAGCGUUCCAAUCUCUGCAUCUUUUCUAAUUGUUGAAGUUAUGGAUUUGGUGAAGAGUUUGGCUUCUGGUUUUCACUUUCCCUAGCUUGUACAUACACACCGUAAUGUAGUCAGCCAAUUUCUAUUUUUGGGUUAGUACAGCUUACAGUUUAGGAUUUGUAAAGGAAUUAAUUAAGCCGUCUUGUGAACCUAUUGGCCAAAUUUAGUUCUGAGGUUAAACUUUUGUGUUGAGUUAAUCUCUCAGCCAAGCUCAAGCGUCAGAUAGUUGGUUCAAUCAAAAGGUGGGGCUUAAUCUCGAAUUCAUUUUAAAUGAUGAAUUGAAUUCGAGAUUGAGCUCGAUACAGGGUUAUUGUAGGUUCAACUAAUCACUUGUAAUCCUAAUUGAUAAUGUAUUAUUGGUUGGUGAUUAUUCUUUAGUUAGGCUCUUAAUCUUUCAUUUUCUCAACUAACCUGCCAUACGCACACUUUGAUCUAAGAAACAAAAGUAAGGUUAGCGUUAAAUGUCUUGAUACGCUUG